CAUGCGGUGGCGGUAGGACGCGCGGCGGCGAUGGGCGGCCGGGGGCUGCCGGUGCCGCUGCUGCUGGGGCUGCCGCUGCUGCUGGGGCUGCCGGCGGCGGGGCGCGCCGCCUCCAAGGCGCUGGUGUGCCAGGAGAUCACGGUGCCGAUGUGCAAGGGCAUCGGCUACAACCUCACCUACAUGCCCAACCAGUUCAACCACGACACGCAGGACGAGGCCGGGCUGGAGGUGCACCAGUUCUGGCCGCUGGUGGAGAUCCAGUGCUCCCCGGACCUGCGCUUCUUCCUCUGCAGUAUGUACACCCCCAUCUGCCUGUCCGACUACACGAAGCCGCUGCCCCCCUGCCGCUCCGUCUGCGAGCGGGCCAAGGCCGGCUGCUCGCCCAUCAUGCAGCAGUACGGCUUUGCCUGGCCCGAGAGGAUGAGCUGCGACCGCCUGCCGGUGCUGGGGGACACCGAGGUGCUUUGCAUGGGAUACAACCACACGGAAGCCACCACCCUGCCGCCUUUCUUUGGGAAACCCACGCGCCCUGCCAAGGACAUGGCCAAAAACCUGACUCCACUCGAUGGGCAGCGCCUCUCAGGGCUGGACUGUGGUCAGACUUGCAAGUGCAAAGCGCCCCUGAUCCCCAUCUCCAAGGAGUCCCAUCCGCUGUACAACCGCAUCAGGACUGGGAAGGUACUCAACUGCGCCAUCCCCUGCUACCAGCCCUACUUUACCCAGGAUGAGAAGACCUUCGCUACCUUCUGGAUUGGCCUCUGGUCCAUCCUCUGCUUCCUCUCCACCUCAACCACCGUGGCCACCUUCCUCAUUGACAUGGAGCGCUUCAAGUACCCUGAGCGUCCCAUCAUCUUCCUCUCUGCCUGCUAUCUCUUCGUCUCCAUGGGCUACAUUGUGCGGCUGGUGGCAGGGCAUGCCAAUGUGGCUUGCAACCCAGAGCACCACCACAUCCAUUACGAGACCACGGGCCCUGCUCUCUGCACCGUGGUUUUCCUUCUCCUCUACUUCUUUGGCAUGGCCAGCUCCAUCUGGUGGGUUAUCCUGUCCCUCACCUGGUUCCUGGCAGCUGGCAUGAAGUGGGGCAAUGAGGCCAUUGCUAGCUACUCGCAGUACUUCCACCUGGCUGCCUGGCUCAUCCCCAGUGCCAAAUCCAUUGCUGUACUGGCACUGAGCUCUGUGGACGGUGACCCGGUGGCCGGGGUUUGCUAUGUGGGCAACCAGAGCCUGGAGAAUCUGCGGGGCUUUGUGCUGGCACCACUAGUGGUUUAUCUCUUCACCGGCAGCCUCUUCCUGCUGGCCGGCUUCGUCUCGCUCUUUCGCAUCCGCAGCGUGAUCAAGCAGGGCGGCACCAAAACUGACAAGCUGGAGAAGCUGAUGAUCCGCAUCGGCAUCUUCACCGUGCUUUACACUGUGCCUGCCACCAUCGUCAUCGCCUGCUACAUCUACGAGCAGCACAACCGGGAGGCCUGGGAGCAGGCACACAACUGCUCCUGCCCGGGGGACCCUCACCGCCCCAAGCCUGACUAUGCUGUCUUCAUGCUCAAGUACUUCAUGUGCCUUGUGGUGGGGAUCACCUCCGGCGUUUGGAUCUGGUCUGGCAAGACACUCGAGUCCUGGAGGCGCUUCACCACCCGCUGCUGCCGGGCCAGGAAGCCUGCAGGGGCCUCUGUGUACGGUGAGGCCAGCCCGGCCCUGGUGGGCAGGACGGUACUGCCCAGUAUGGCCUCCUACCACAAGCAGGUCCCACUGUCCCACGUGUGACCGGAGGGAGCCUCAGUGACCCCAGCCACGGGGAGGAGAGGGUUGCAAAGACCCUGGGCCACAGAAGAGGUGGUGACAGCUGGGCCACCCCUGGCAUCUUCAGCCCCACCGUGGUGGUGCUGCUUGGGACCACGGGCAUGGAGCAGCUGCAGCCCCAAGCAGGGAAGGGGGAGGUGCUGCCGGCUAUGUGGGGGCAGAUGGACAGGGAGGCCUGGGGCCUGGCACUGCCAUGUAUAUCCUGGUUGGGGUCCUGGGAUGCUGCUGCCUGUGGGCCAGUCAGGAGGCAGUAGCCCUCAAGCACUGAUUUGUGUCCCACAACAAGCCUCUGGGCAGGUCGUGCUGGUGCUGAGGUGAAAGGCAGAGCUGUAGCAGGCAGGGCAGAUGGUGGCCCCCAACCCCAGGUGGGGGCUGGCGCUGCCACUGAGCCCCUCACUAAAGCCCAGAGAGUGGAUCAGGGAGAGCUGGCAGGGGGUGCUGCCUCCCUGGGUGCCCUGGGCAUAGCAGCAGACUGUCCUCAGUGCCCCCAGAGCCCCCAGGCACUGCUACAUAUUGAGGAGGAGGAGGCUGGGGGCCCUGGUGUGAGGCGGAACUGAGCUGCGCGGGCUGGGGGCUUCAUGGGUGGUGGCAGUGCAGGAGGAAGGGGCCGUGGAGAGCAUCUGCCACAGGGACAGGGUCCCAGCUGUCUGCAGCACAGGCAGGGACCAGGUGAUCCCCUGUGGUCCCUUCUGCCCUGGGCAAGCACAUCCGGCUCCCUUCAGUCAGGGCUCAGGACGGGGUGGGAGCUGGCUCCGGUGCGCUCGGCUGGGCGGCACCGGCCCCUGCUCUGCGAUGGGCAGCCAGCUGCACUGCCCAUGGAGCCGCUCAGCCCGCGGAGCCGAGGGCGGCACAAGGGGGCCGUGGCUCCGGGAGCGGGGCUCUCCUGAGCUGUCCUGUGCCCUGGGAAGGGUCGGUGCUGCUCCUUGUCCUGUGUGGGUUGCCUGGGGUGAGGGAGGCAGGUCCUGUGUCCUGCCUGCCAGCUGUGGCAUGUGGCACAACCAGCCCCAGAAGGGUGGUCACAGCCCUGCAGUGAGCAGUGCCUGCACGGGGGUAUCCUGGCCACAUGGUAGGCUGUCUCUCUGGAGCAGCAGCCGGGCUUUCCUGUCAGUCGGCUUCAAUACUUGUUGCUGCUUUUUUCAAAGCUGUGCCUCUGCCAGAGAGAGUAACAGAUUUGAGAGGGAGAAGUUAAUUUAGGAGAACUUAGCAGAGCGCUCGUACCUCUUUUCCUCCAACUUCCCAAGUCUUUUUCACCUCUGUGGAUCAGACAGCAGUUGAGCACUGACAGAACCAUUGCCUGGCAUUAAGCAGUGGUGACAGCUGGGUUUCAGUAAGAAGAAUAAUGGUGAGGGGGGCCCUGCUGUCAAAGUCACUAAAUGCAGCCAGGGCAAGGGGCUCCGGCUGUGGCACGGGAUGAGGCUGGCUGCCUCUGGCUUCAGGCCACUUAUGAAAGCACCUGCGUUUUAAUUUUUUUCCCCUUGCCCUAAGCAGUGGUGAUGUAUGUAACUACCCAGCCAUUACUGGAGUGCUUUUUGCCCUCCUUCAAGCGUGGCACUGUGACCCAGCUGCUCAAGCACUGGAGAACAACUGCUGGCUUUGCUCCUGCAGGGCUGCAAGGAUCUGAUGUUGUUCUUAACACGUUUGGACCACUCCAGUCAAAAAGGUUUCCCCCUCAUUUUAAAACCAAAACUUGGGAAGUAAGGGAACGCUCAAGUGGCACAUCUCCAGGUAAAGGUACUGCAUGAGCGUCUCUGGGGUGUUGUGGAUAGAGGAGACAGAGGUGCAAGGAUGGAGGGCUCACCAGGGACUGUUCAGUUGCACCCAUCCACACUCUUGCAAUAGGACUCACCCCCUCCAGCAUGCUGGAGUACUUUAUUGUGGACAGAAUUGCACCAUAUUGUGUUAGAAGCUGUAAAUAGUUGUAUUAUAGCCUAAUUUGUACAUACAGAAGCCGUAGUGACCUUUGAUACAGGUUAGGGACAGGUGUGUUCUCAGCAGUGAGGGAGGUCAGGUGCAGAGACACUGUAGUAGUCUCUGCUGUAAUCCAGGGCAUUAAAUGAUUCCAACCUCCUCCAUUCCACACCUUGCUGGACUCCUCUCUCUCUCUAGUGCCUUUUGUAGAUACAGCUAAACACACAUCAUGCAAUACAAUGAACAAAACCAUGUCAAAGGUGGUAUUUUGCUGUUUUUGUUUUUUCCAAAGUGCAACUGACUGUGUAAAGAAAUUCAAGAUUAGCUACAAACCGUUGCCUAUUGAAAAAUGCAAGAUCGUUUCCAGCUUUGAUCUAACGGUAGGGUAAUAGAAUCAACUCGUGUUUGAGCCUGGCUUCUCAGCAACAAGUGGCAGGAGGGGGGAUGGAGCCGUUGCCGUGUGCCCUGUCUGCUGUAGCCAAUUUACAUGUUGGGUUUUGCCUCUUCCGUUACUGAUGCUGUUCAAUGUUGCUUAAAUAACUGUACUAUAUUAUGUGAAAAGCUGAAGAAAUUUUAUUCAAAGAGAAGUAUCAAGAUUAGUUAUUUAUGAUGAUAAAAAAAUAGUGUGUGUUGUUUUCUUUA